AUGACAGUUGAAAAGGCAAAUAUUGAUCUGCCUCCAGUAAAAAUGAGAUCAGAUCCUUUUACCUUACCUGACGACCCAACAUUUAUUCCAGAUUUAAAUGAUCAUGGAUGGAAUAAGUUUAUGUCUUUACCAGAAACAUCAUUUGACAUUGAAAUGGGUCUCCAAGAAGAUACAUCUAGUUCGUUUAAUCUUUCUGAAACACCUGUUUCUUUUUCUCAACGCACAUUACCAAGAUCAUCUUUUUCAGGUGGUAAUACAACAUCUAAACUUGAAUUUGCAGGAUCUGUUUCUCGUUCUGCUAUCAGUAUGAGUAGUUUGAUUGAAAAAGACAAUGAUAUUUUAGGCACAGUUAAUGGCGAAUUAUCAUUUGAUUUUGAAUUUGAUGCAGAUGGAGAAAUCAGAAAGAUUGAUGUUGAACAAGAAUAUCCAGAGAAUCUUGUUCAAAAAAGCAGCAGCAUUUCAUCUAAGUUUGAUUUAGACAAAGGUGAAGAGAAUGUAAGACGUGAACAUGCUGAAGCAAGAAAACGGAAAAAAUUUAACCAUACAUUUGGAGAGACUUUAAUGGCUUAUGAAGAAGUCGAUGAAACUGCAUUUGAUGAACAUACUAAACCCAGAAUUCUUGAAACUAAAGAUUCUUCCUUUGUUCAAGAUAAGACCGAUGAAACCAGCUCAGAUACUCAUGAAAAUGAUAACCAGCGGUUAAAAAAAAGAAAAAUAGCAAAACUAAAAACAGACGUAUCUACUGAAUUGCCAUCAGAGGACCUCAUUUCAUGGCGUGACAAUUAUGUUAAAAAUAUGGAAAAACAAUCCAUGUUAAGAAUGCGAAAACUUCAAGAAAAGGCUGCUAUUAAUAAUGUAGACUUUUUUAUCUGUAAUUUAUUAGGUGAAACAGUACAUCCUACUUUAAAAACUCUGUUUUUAGUAAAUCAAAAACAAAAGGAUCUUAUUAAACAUAAAAAAAGAUCAAAAGAAGAUAAUUCUGAAUUUUUUGAAAACAAGAUGAAUAAUAGUUAUAUACAAGUCGGGAAGCCUACAGAACCACAAUCUAACUUUGAAGAGGAUAUUGAAUUAGGUCGUCAUGUUGAUGAAGAACUCGCACGCCGUACAUCUUCACUUAUGCCAUGGAAUCAAUCCCAUAUAUCUUCUCGUGCAGGAUCGAUAGGUCCAGGAGUGGCAUCUAUUUCUUUUGAUACACCUAAAAUGGGAGGCGUUGGUCAAAUUUUGUCAACAGGAAGAAAAAGUCGAUUGACAGCAAGUCCUCUUGCAGAUGGAUUGAAUGAUAUCAACAUAAAUGUAGAAGACACAAUGGAAGACUUUGAGAUUUUUGAAACUACAAAUCUUAAUACCCAGAUAAUGCCGUAUGAAGGCCAUCAAUCAACUAUUAUGGAAAAAGAGUCUUAUAAUUUUCUCGAAUAUGUACAAGCACGCAUUCAUCAGAAAGGGAAAAGUCAUACAAUUACAUUUGAAGAAUUAGUUCCUGCAUUAAAUAGUUCUCGCUCUGUUGCAUCUCAAGCUCUUUGUCAUGUAUUACUGCUAGCUUCUCGCAAUAUUUUAUCUGUUUGUCAAACUGAACCUUAUCAAGACAUAUGGAUUAAGCUUAGCUAA